AUGAAGCAGGCGCUGGAACAGAAGGACCUGGACCUUGCUGCAGCUCGGAAGACGGCACGGGAAAAAAACGAACUUGCCGACGAGAAGCUGGCUUCAGUCGGCAAGUUAGAAGAAGAAAACGCCAAACUGAAGACUGCCAUCGGCGAGGCUAACAAGGAAGUCGUGCAGCUGAAGAAGGACAAUGUGGCUCUGACCGACAAAGUUGGAGAUCUCACUCGGAAGAGGGACGAGCUAGAGGAUGAAGCUGCCAUGAACGUGCUCCAACUGGAAUCUCGCCUUGCCAGUGCCAUGGACUACCUUGCGCGAUUGAAGGUGGUGGUGUCGCGGAUUGACACGGCGCUCUGGCCAAGGGUGACAUUUCAAAAUGAUCUCGAGUCUCUUAUGACUCGACUUAAUGAGAUCCCUGGUCGAGUGCAGGAAUGGAAGAAGUCAUCCGCCCGAUGCGGUGCUGAUGUGGCCCUGUCUCAGGUUUGCGUCCAUUGCAAGGAGGCCAAGGAAGAGAAACUAGCAGCGCUCAGGGUGGCCAAUACCAAAAAGCUUGACUUCCAGUCCUUCAUGGAGACCUUCAUCGAAGCAGCCACCCGUAUUGUGGACGGGAUCGACUUGGACGAGUUCAUCGAGCCUGCCAGCCCUCCUCCAGCGGAGUGA